UUGUUCAAUGUCGACACAUUUAUGUGAACUGUAUUAGACAGUUUCUACAUUUUGUGUUAUGUAUUAAAGUUUCGUGUCCUGUAUCCUGCCAUAUUGUAUUCUUUAAUGAUACCAAGGUUGGUGACAUACAUUUUGCCUAGCCCAAAAGAUUCAGUCUGUGAUGUGCUGGCUGACGUAUCUCUUGAGUCUCUGCCUCUAUGUCGGUGUACAGUCAGGGGACAAUAUGUUCCUAUUGAACUCAAAGAAUGUGACGGCAGAUCGUGCACUAGGCCAGAUCUGUUUUAGUUAUAACACAUACAUACCAAGCUGUGGAUGGACAUUGGCUUUGUCAGCGAACAAGAACCUGUCAGGAGUUAUGGUUGAUGGUGUGACAAUUGCAAGACAAACACCGAGCAUGUUUCAGUUGAUCAGCACGACAUGUAAUAAAAAUUUAUCUUCAACACCUGCAGACCUGUGUCUUAAUGUUACUCUUUACGGACUGUUUAAUAACAUCAAGCCGUAUGUUGUGGCUUGCUGGCAGCGCAUAUGUAACUCUUCAACCAAUGGCGUGCAACAGUUAGUGUCUUACUUCGGUCCUUACGUUGGUCAGUCCUAUCCAGCUAAUGAGACCGGCUACGUCAUGACCGUAAUGGCUCCUCCAACAUUGUCUUCAGUUCUUGGUCUAUGUCCAAGUGCCAGCAUGUCUAGUUUUGCUUCUCUUGAACUAGCUGGUAACUUUUGUUAUAACGGUCAACAUCAGGUGACCUACCGCAACACGUACAGCCAUACAGGCUGUAGUCUGCUGUGUUUAAACUGCCCACUGUGUCUUGGAGUCAGCUUCGUCAGCAGUCAAAAUCUAUGUCACGUGAUUACAGAGGACACAGACUUGAACCCGGGUCUACUGGACAACAGCACUAAUUGUCUGUACUUCUCCGUUACCACGAGAGGCUAGCGACAAAGAAAAUCAGUGAUUAGGCUUGAUUAGAGGGUUGAGCAGUGUGUGGUUGAGCAGUGUGUGGUUGAGCAGUGUGUGGUUGAGCAGUGUGUGGUUGAGCAGUGUGUGGUUGAGCAGUGUGUGGUUGAGCAGUGUGUGGUUGAGCAGUGUGUGCUAGGUAGAUAAAUAGUUUUGUAGAAAGUACAGUUACAAGCAGUCGAACAUCUGAUUGCAUUUGUUUAAGAGCUUUAUAAAUUCCAAUCAAAUACUCAAAAACAACACUGGGUAGAACAACUUAAUACUGAAAGAAUGUAAUCUGUGAAUCACAGUGAGUUUGGUUUACAAAUAAAGUAAAUUUAUUUACAGAGCUAUACCAAUGUGUCCAACCAUUCCAUUAACAGGAAGAUGCAUUCUUAAUAACGAAAAAGGUCACAGAAAGAAACAUUCAUAAGAUAGACAGAUAGGUGACUUCAUUUCGAAGCCUCGCUUUCUCAGAAAGACAUAUUGCGCCCAAGACGAUAAACAAAAUAAAACCCCUUCACACACUCACACAUAUAUCCCCUUCACACACCCACACAUACAUCCCCUUCACACACCCACACAUACAUGCUUUUUGACCAUGAAGUCUACCACGUUAGACAAUGAAAUGCUUUAAAAACACAGGGAACUGUUCACUGUAUACAUUAUACAUCUAUUUCUAUUUCUCUAUAAAUGCAAGACAAAUCGCCAUGAACCUUGACCUGCAACGUAGCAACUUGAAGCAGUAAUGACCAAAAGCUCAUUGCCACGUCACAAGUCUGUACCAUUUGGCAAACGAGCUACUGCCCACGGGUUGCGACGUCGCUUGUCAGAGUUGAGGCCUUAUGUAACGAUUGGUCUCGGUCUAACACCCUCCCUCCCCCCCCCCCAAAAAAAAAAAAAGAAAAAAAGUGUAACCUAAAUAAUCAUGGUAGGCAAGAACGUCAAUUUCUUUGGGUUACUGAUUUAAUCUUUGGUUUAAUAGUAGACUCUAUCAAAGAAAUAACCAAGAACUUAGUAAUCAGUCUGCUGAGCUUUAUGUAACCUUUACAUUAUGGAGUUUAAGAGUUCAAUUGUUAACAAUCAAUUUGUUAACCAUUUCUUCAGCUCUUAAUUGCAUUUAUUUUAAAAUCACUGGACCAGCAAAUAGUCUGUAUCUCUUCUUGAAUAAAAUGUUCAUGUUGUAUUCAAA